GUACCCAGUCAGGUUUCUCAGGUCACAUUCGCCCACGAACUGGGGCACAAUUUCGGUGCGCACCAUGACAACGAACACCAGAGCGAACCGUAUGGUUGUCUCCCAUCGCCAGGUGACCCUCGGGGCAACUAUAUCAUGUUCUCCAGUGCAACCAAUGGAGACAAGGAGAAUAAUCACAAAUUCUCUCGAUGCUCCUCCGAUUCCAUUGCUCGUUUCAUUAACCAUCUGUCGAAUGACGGCAACGAUUGUUUUGUAGAUUCCGACGGACCAUUUUGUGGAAACAAAUUGGUGGAAACCGGUGAGGAAUGUGAUUGUGGUAUUUCGGCCAAAAGAUGCAGAGAUCAAUGUUGCAAUUCUCGAGAAUCAGCUUCCCCAUGCAAACUGGUGGAUCACAUAUUGGUGAAUGGUUUACCGAAAAAAGCUCAAUGCUCAAUGACUGCUGGUGAAUGCUGUGAUCAUCAGUGCCAAUUUCACUCCAAAACGCGCAUGUGCCGAGAAGCGACCGAAUGCCAACAGGCGUCUUAUUGCAGUGGUCAGUCUGCUAAAUGCCCGGACUCGAAAAUGCUUCCAGAUGGAAGGAUCUGUCAGGACCCGCAACUGCAAAAGCAAUACCCAGAGUUAAGUCAACGAAUCUUAAGGAGAGGUGUUGCCAUGCGCAUGUCUCCUGGAACUCCAUGUGACAACUAUCGAGGCUACUGUGAUGCGUUUCACCGUUGCGUGUCCGUUAACGUGCAAGGUCCGUUAGCUCGUCUACGCGAUGCGCUAUUCAGUCAGGAAAUGUUGGAGAAAGUAAAAUCAUGGGUUACGGUAAGGGACCAUAAUUCUUCCAUUUGUCUGUCCUUCCCUCCCCACACUCAUUCUGGUAUCAUUCCUAUUUCCCACAUUGCCUGA